UAAGCGUUGGGGGCGGGGCGGGACAGUGGGGAAGAGGACGGGCCGAGUGCUGGCUUCCGGCGGAAAAGCGCGCGAGCAAGAUGGCCACCACCAAGCGCGUCUUGUACGUGGGUGGACUGGCAGAGGAAGUGGACGACAAAGUUCUUCAUGCUGCGUUCAUUCCUUUUGGAGACAUCACAGAUAUUCAGAUUCCUCUGGAUUAUGAAACAGAAAAGCACCGAGGAUUUGCUUUUGUUGAAUUUGAGUUGGCAGAGGAUGCUGCAGCAGCUAUCGACAACAUGAAUGAAUCUGAGCUUUUUGGACGUACAAUUCGUGUCAAUUUGGCCAAACCAAUGAGAAUUAAGGAAGGCUCUUCCAGGCCAGUUUGGUCAGAUGAUGACUGGUUGAAGAAGUUUUCUGGGAAGACGCUUGAAGAGAAUAAAGAGGAAGAAGGGUCAGAGCCUCCCAAAGCAGAGACCCAGGAGGGAGAGCCCAUUGCUAAAAAGGCCCGGUCAAAUCCUCAGGUGUACAUGGACAUCAAGAUUGGGAACAAGCCGGCUGGCCGCAUCCAGAUGCUCCUGCGUUCUGAUGUCGUGCCCAUGACAGCAGAGAAUUUCCGCUGCCUGUGCACUCAUGAAAAGGGCUUUGGCUUUAAGGGAAGCAGCUUCCACCGCAUCAUCCCCCAGUUCAUGUGCCAGGGCGGUGAUUUCACAAACCACAACGGCACUGGGGGCAAGUCCAUCUAUGGGAAGAAGUUCGAUGAUGAAAACUUUAUCCUCAAGCAUACGGGACCAGGUCUACUAUCCAUGGCCAACUCUGGCCCAAACACCAAUGGCUCUCAGUUCUUCCUGACAUGUGACAAGACAGACUGGCUGGAUGGCAAGCAUGUGGUGUUUGGAGAGGUCACCGAAGGCCUAGAUGUCUUGCGGCAAAUUGAGGCCCAGGGCAGCAAGGACGGGAAGCCAAAGCAGAAGGUGAUCAUCGCCGACUGUGGGGAGUACGUGUGAGGCGGCACUCUCUCUGCUUCCCCCUCCGCUCUUGACCCUGCAUAUCCAGGAAGGAACUGCCAGCCUCAGAGGAGGCAGCACCGAGGGUGCCUGUUUGAAGUGAGCAGCAUUUGGGAUAUGUGCCCUUCCUCAGGGUCCGCUUGGAGCAGCUCCUCUGCAGGCACAGCCUGGACUAUUCCCAGGCGCAGCUGUGGGCCCAGGAGCCAGCUCAGGUGCUCCCCUCCACCAUGGGCAGGCUGUGCAAAAAGCCACUGGCUUUUCUCAGCAUUUGCUGCUGGGCCUCUCCUGGGACUACCAGUGUGGCUCUUACGUCUUUUCUUUGCUAAAAUAAACCCUAGUUCUUA